CUCGUCCCGUACAUACUUUGCGCUGCCACCGCAAUCUUGGAUUCUUGUUGACUCUCUGCGCUGCUCUCUCAAUAAUCACUUGCUUUUCAUACCGUGCGUUUGGUCGACGACGUAACAGCAUAGUCUUAUUUCCUACCUACCUGGGUAAUUUAUUGGUUCCCUCCACGCCGAAUAUCGAUCACCGGGUUCCUGUCAAAACCGGAGAAAAGAGGGCUUGAGCGUCGCGCGUCCGAGCUUUUUCUCGAAAAGUUGUCGCCUGGAAGAUUCCCUCGAACAAUUACGCCAUACUUUCUUUGCUCAUUUUCCCCUCGUGUUCCUUACCUACUCACCUGUCAUCCACGCUCAUAUUCUUGAGAAAGAACGAACAUGGGCAGCUUUGUUUUCAAAUGGCCGCACCCUGAUGCGGACGAUGUCCAUGUCACCGGCACCUUUGACGAUUGGGGAAAGACGGAAAAGUUAAACAAGGUCGGCGAGGUCUGGGAGAAAGAGGUGCAAUUGCCAAAAGCCGAUGAAAAGAUUUUGUACAAGUUCGUGGUCAACGACAACUGGGUCAUCGACACAGAAGCCCCCCAUGAGGACGACGGUCAUGGCAACGUGAACAAUGUCCUGCUGCCAGAAAACAUCAAGACAAAAGCGGAUGCUCUGACGACGUCGAGCGCUGCGCCAGAAAGCACCACCGCAGCAUUGGCUGGUGCGGUUCCUUUGGAGCCUAGGAAAGAAGCUACCGAAGUCACUUCUGCGAGCGACUCCGCCCCCAAUAAUGAAGUUACUAAGAGCAGUCCGCCAGGUGCAUUUCCGGAAACACCCCAGCAGGAAUCCGAGUCCUAUGGUGUCAACCCACUCCCCCCAACUGCCGGCGCAGGCAAUCCCGUAACUCUUCCUGCUGGCGAAGCAGUCCCUCCCCCGGGAGAGGUUACUUCCAACAGCGUCCACUCCGCCGUCACUCAGUCACAGGAAGAUUACGAGAAGGCAGGCACAACACUUCCGAUGAUCGGAGGAGUACUUCCUGGCGUUGGGGCCAUGGCCGCCGCGAACACCUCCUCAGGCAAGAAAGAAAACCUCAUUCCCGAAUCAUCGCUGCCCAUGGGCGAAGGCGCGACUUCGGCGCUCGAUGCCUCGGGUCCUACAAUCACAUCUGCUGCCCCAACUUCGACAACUGCCGCUUUGGCUGGACAAGUACCUUUGGAAGAGCGCAAGCCGGCCACCGUCGUUUCAGAGCAGGCGACAACGGAGACCGUACCAGAAGUCGUACAGGAAUCUAUCGAAAAGGCCCACACAUCUCCUGAAGCCACUACUUCUGCCGAGGCUGUCAAGGAAAAGGCAGAGGUGGAACAAGAGCUGAUGAAGAAGGUGCCGGAGGCUGAGGAAGCUGGGGAACCCGCGCCAACCAUCGCAGCAGCCACUUCGGAGACCGCUCCAACGUCCGCUACCAGCCCCUCGACCGGCGCUGUGCCCGGGACUUCGUCUGCUGCUGCUGCUGCCGUCGCAGAUGGCGCCGAGGGUGGCGAAACACCAAGUGAAGUCACCAAGGCCACCCACCCCGUUGAGAAAACGGAAGCCGACAACACGGAAUACGCACCGCCCGUUACUACUAGCAGUGCCCCUGGCGUUUCUGGUGCGGCAGCUGCUGCGGUCUCAGAUGGCGCGGAGGAUCCUACUCUUGCCGAUGAGCCUGCCGUUCGCAUGAUGAACCAAAACGAAUCUGGCGAGCCAACAAGCGCCACCGAGGCUGCGAAGACGGAGGCGACUCCAGCGGCGGAAGCUACACCCAAGGCAAGCGCAAAGACCGAGACCCCUGCAGCGGCUGCAGCAACUCCUGAAUCGAAGAAGGAGACGGCGGCAGCACCUACUCCUUCAUCUGGAACUGGCACUAGCACUCCUCAGAAGGCGACUACAACUACUCCUGCCGAAAGCCCUGCAUCAGCCUCAAAGGAGAAAAAGAAGAAGCACCGAAUCAGUUCUUUGUUCAAAAAGAUCUUCGACUAAACGGGAUUGGACAGAUCAACCGCGGCUCAAACAGAAACAAAUGACGUGCAGGUGUUGAAUUGUUUGAAGGGAAUGCCUGUAGGGGUCGGGAAGUGCAUUGCGAGGCACGGCGCAUUGCUGGGUUUGGACAGCGGAUCCUUUGAUUUGGGUUUGUUUGUCUUGUAGAUAUCCCCUCCAGUUGGUUGUGUUUGGAAUGUGCGCGAGAUAAUCUUUGGUUUGUUUAAUACACUAAUACUGCUAAGAAGUGCAAUGCGAUGCGAUGGGAAAUGUUCUCGUGCGAUUCUAGAAGACUUCUCGAAGAUCUAUGGAUGGACAGAAGGGCGGUGCCAGAUGCUGCAUGACCCACAGAGUAAGCAAGCAUGUGUCUACUGUACUUUUGUGAUUCGUUGGUACAUUGUACAAGUACUGUACCGAGUAGAAGUUGAUCAUUCCCCCGUUGGCCAACCAUCAUCUGAACAAGAUAAAACUUCUUCGUGGUGGAGCUGGGUGUAAGCGCCGACAAGGAUCGUAUAAGAGUGACGAUGGACGUAAAGAAUAUUUCUUGGAUGGAUUCUCGACUAUAGUCUGAUAGGCAUGUAAGUCGUGUAAAGACACUGUCUAGCGUCGCCGCGAAGCUACUUGUAUAGCUCGUCAUGAUCAGUGACCCGGUGGCUGCACUCGGGAAGGCUGGUGAGCCCAAGAGGCCAAUCACCAUCCCUGACUUGGUCGCUUUGACCGCCAUAAACUGAAGCAAUGACAUCGACAGAGCUUUGAGACCUGCGCUAACUGGCCGUCACUGACAUUCCGUGCUGAGGGGUAUUUGGGACGAGUACGAGUACAAUAGCAUGAGACGAAGGGAUGAUGGCUCUGGGACAGAAUGAAUGUGGCAGAGUAGAUGAAUAUAGAAGUACAAUAGUCAUUAAGGCCAUGGCAUGCAAC